UGCCGAGUGGGCAGGAUGAGGGUGGGCCGGGACUGUGCUGGGCCCCGGGAUGGCCGCUCAUAUUCCGGCCCUAGACGGCUCUUUGUCUCGGGCUCAGGCCGUUGGGUUGUGUCAGCCGGCAAGUGCGGCCUCCCUCCCCCGGGAGCAGCGAUCAUCCCCGGGGAACCGCCUCACCUGCUCCCACCGCCGGGAACACUGACGCAAACAGGCGAAAUACUGACACAUUGUUACUUUAUACUGAGUAAUAUCUCUAUUUAUACAGAAUCAGAUAUAUUAUCCCAGCUAACCAUCAACACUGCCAUUGUUUACAUGCACCGAUUCUAUAUGCAUCAUUCUUUUACCAAAUACCACAGAAAUAUAAUUUCUCCUACUGCAUUGUUCCUGGCUGCUAAAGUGGAGGAACAGCCACGUAAACUUGAACAUGUGAUUAAAGUCUGUCAUGCUUGUCUUAAUCCGGUGGAUCCACAGCUGGAUACAAAAUGCGAUGCUUACCUACAGCAAGCUCAAGAGCUGGUUAUACUUGAAACUGUUCUGCUCCAGACCUUAGGCUUCGAAAUAACUAUUGAGCACCCCCAUACGGAUGUAGUGAAAUGCACCCAGUUAGUGAGAGCAAGCAAGGAUUUGGCACAGACAUCCUAUUUCAUGGCUACCAACAGCCUUCACCUCACAACGUUCUGCCUUCAGUACAGGCCCACGGUUAUCGCCUGUGUUUGCAUCCAUCUGGCCUGCAAGUGGUCUAACUGGGAGAUACCAGUAUCGACAGACGGAAAGCAUUGGUGGGAAUAUGUGGACCAGACGGUGACACUGGAAUUGCUGGAUGAACUGACACAUGAAUUUCUGCAGAUUCUCGAGAAGACACCUAGCCGAUUGAAGAAGAUCCGAAACUGGAGGGCCUCUCAGGCGGCGGCAAGAAAACCCAAGGGUGAUGGCCAACUGGACAGUGCUCUUCUGAAUUCAUCACUUGGCCCGAACUCUAUCUUGGUGGACCCUGUAGCAGGUAUUGCUGCAAGUGCCAGUUUUCCAAAGGCAUCAACGUCUGCAUUUCCUGCACCGGUAGCUCUGAACUCAGGAAGCAUGCCAAUUCAGGCAUCCCAUAGCGCAGAGGAGCUGGCCAUAUUGGCAAUGCCUGGUACAUCUUAUACAAUGGCAUCUCAUCAUGAAUGGCCUCAUCCGGAUCAACCUAGGACAGACCAAGUGUAUGGCCAGAAACCAGAGAACUCCCUCCCAUCUGCUCAGUAUAGCAUGGCUGCUGUGCAACUUCACCCGGGCUUACAUCAUCGAUCCGAAAAGGGUUCUGAGCAUUCAAUUAAACCAGAGCAUGCUCAUAAGUUAUCCAGCAGCAAACACCAUGGACAGAUUUAUGCUCCUUCAGUGACAAUAUCUCAUAAAAUGUCUUUAGACAAGUAUCGGGAAAAACGCAAACUUGAAACUGUUGAUAUAGAUGUUCGAGAGCAAAUUCCAGCAGUCCAUGUGGACCAGCAGCUGCAGCAUAAAAAGCAUGCCGGCAGCAGCUCCGUCACGUCUCCUAUCAAAAUGAAAAUUCCACUUUCCAGUGCUGAAAAGACAGAAAAGCAUUCUUCCGAGAAAAAAGAUAAGAGCGGUUCCCUGAAGCUGCGGAUACCUAUCCCUCCAACGGAGAGAGCCUCCAGCAAAGAUGACUUGAAAAUGAAAAUUAAGGUUUCUUCCGCGGACAGACACAGCUCGUCCGACGAGGGCAGCGGCAAGAGUAAGCACUCGAGUCCGCACAUGAGCAAAGAACACAAGGACAAGCACAAUUCUUCCAACAGACACCACAGUAGCAGCCACAAGCAUUUACAUUCACACUACAGCAGUGCGAGCAGCAACAACAACAGCAAUAAGCUUUGCAUGGACGGACUGCCUACAACUGUUUUACGGAGUCCCGUUGUUGUGCCCAACGAGGGUGGUACCUCGAGCUCCAGCUCUUCAAGAAAGAGGCCGCAUUCCAAUGACGCCUCUUACAACCACCACUCCAAAAUGAGCAAAAGUUCCAAAAGUUCAGGUACUAGUUCUUCCUCUGUUAAGCAGUAUAUAUCCUCUCACAACACUGUUCUUAACCAUCCCUUACUCCCUCCUCCCCCUGUCACAUACCAGGUGGGCUACGGGCAUCUCAGCACCCUCGUGAAACUGGACAAGAAGCCAGUGGAGAGCAACGGCCCUGAUACCAGUCACGAGUACGGUGCAAACAGCCAGCAUAUGGACUACAAAGAUACUUUUGACAUGCUUGAUUCGCUGUUAAGUGCCCAAGGAAUGAACAUUUGUAGUUUUGCAACAGCUGGCGGUACCCUGGUUGGGAAACCAUGGCAUUGGAGCUGCAGAAGUGGCAGAAAACAUCCACAGGGGCCUGAAAGCCAUAGGACCGUGGUGCUGGUUAUCUUGAAAUGUUUGAUCCUUUGUCCACCAUGAUGCUUCCUCCCCCAUUACUUCCUAUUUGUGACGAUAUUUUGGAUGGUAAUAGCAGCCUUGCCAUGCCAAUGGGAGGACACGAACCAAACCUGGAGCACUAUCUAGUGACCGCUGCAAGCAACAAUUAUUCCCACUAGGACAGACUGACGCUACUGACCAUAGUAUUGGAAUUUUAAUUUGUUGCUUUUUUUAAUAGAUUAUUAAGUCCAAAGAAA